AAUACUUACUAGUAAAUGGUGGAAUUUCCACUACUAGGUAUAUCUCAAUAUGGAGGUUGUGCUACGGUUCAUAAGAUUGUGGAACCUUUAACCUCUGAAAGAGAUAAGAUGAUUUAUAAAAUAGAGAAUCCUCGAAAGAUCGUCAGUCAAGUCUUUCUCUUCCAGUGUGUUACAUACUACAUAAAGAUGUAUUCUAGUCCAUGGAAACUGUAUGCAGUAAUUGCCAGUUUGAUUCUUUCUUGGAGCAACGGGGUACCAAUAGAUGUAGACAGUGAUAGCGAUGUAGAAUCAUUGAUAUUACCAAAGAUUAAUACGAGCAGUGAACUUGAGACCAUUUUGAAUGCAGAUAAUGAAACCAGAGUGCUUUCAUUGGGUGCCUUAUUUUUUAAUAAUAGUAUAGGAAGCAUACACAUUAAUAAUAUACCCAAUUACUCUAAUCCGAUAACUAAAAACACCCAGAGCAAAACACUAUUAAGCAAUGUCAGGGAUGACUAUACUCUGACAGAAGGUAAUGGUUAUUACAAACUUCACAAGAGGAAGCUCAGCUGGAAUAAUGCUCGCAAAGCCUGCAUCGAUGAGCGUGCUCACUUAGCAGUGAUUAAUUCAUUAAGAGAAGAAGAAAUACUACUUCAGCUAAUGAAAAACAAUGGAAAUAUAGAAGAUGCCUAUAUAGGUGUACACAAUUGGUUCGAGGAAACUGAUUGGAUGACUAUUACUGGAGAGUCACUGGAAGCUGCGGGUUAUACUAAGUGGACCUGUAAAUGGUCCAAUGUCCCAGAUAACCGGGGCGGUCACCAAAAUUGUGCUGUUUUGCUCAUAGACGGAGGAAUGGAUGACGUGACAUGUCGUUAUCCGCGUGCCUUUAUUUGCGAGAUUCCUUUAUCAACUUCAAUACUAAGUAUGACCUUCAUACGGCUUUGUAAGCAAACUAUUAAGUCUGCGAUGUUCAUCUGCAAGAUAGCUGACUAUUUGGUGCUCCUGUUGUCGAUGAAAGUGACCUGCGACUUUAUGAUUCACGCUAGUCUUCAGGUCAAUCAAAAUUAAUAAUGCACAGUUAUUUGUAGAAAAUAUCUCGCACAGUUAUCUAAUAUUAUAUUUAUUCAUGCACAGUUAAAGUACAUCUCGUUGAUAUCAACGAGAUUUUCACUGACAGAAAAAAACAAUCAUUUUUUCAUAACGUUAUCUUCGUAUGGUAUUUAAUAGAAUAGGAAUGGAAAUAGGUAUUCUCUUUAUAAAUAAACGAUUAAGGAACUGUAGGAUGUUCUAAGGAUUUGAUGAUUACGGGAUCGCAAUAGAAUUAAAACAAUAGUUGUAUUAUAAGUAACAUCAAAAGCAACUUAUAUUUAUUGAGAAUUCUUUGAAUCAUGUAUAGAAUUAAUCUCUAAAGACGUCAAAUUUUUAAAAUGGCGCUAAAAGAUUCGGGAUAUACUCUGAGUAGUGAUUUUUACUUUAGAUUGAACUUUCGAACAUUGACUUGGAUUAUUUUCUUUGAUAAAGGAUUGCUGUGUCUUCUGCGUAGCUUCUUUGGCCUCAACACUGGAUGUUCAACCGAAAUGAUCUGUCAUCGACGAAUGAUUGUUAUAAAACUCUUCGCCAUGGGACAAA